AUGGCCUUUUGGCGCGGCGCUGCUAUGUGCCUGCGCGAUCAUGGCGCGUUCAGGGGCGGCCCGUUUUUAGCAAAAACCAGAUACCACAUCGCGUGUGGUUGUCGAAAAACCGCAUCUUCGCCCGUCUGGGACCUCUUCGUACGGCUCCAAAAACGGCUCCUUAACGACGGCUACGCGGCCCGGCGGUCGAUCUGCGCCUUCUCAGCGGUGGAGGGGAUGUGGGCGGUACGUGCGGACCGCGUGGUGCUGCGACGGCACACCGAUGAGUCGCCCGAUGAGCCGCUGCGCGCUGCGCUCGGCUGCGGCGACCCCGCCUCGCAGCAGUACCUGCCGCCCACGCCGCGCGAGACGGCGCUCGGCUGGAUGGAGGAGGCCGAGGUGGUCGGGCUCGUCUGCACGCACACCUGCCUGCCGCACGGCCAGGCCUACCGCGACAGCCGGGGCGGCGCCGCCGAGUGGGGACGCGCCGUCUUCAACAAUGGCAGCGCGGGGAUGCCCAACUUCGAGGGGCAGCGCUUCGGCCUGAUCACGCGGGUGAGCGCCGACCUACUCGAGUACAAGCCGUGCCGCCCGACUCGCUCUACGGCGUCGCCGCCGGCGGGCUGCGCUUUGAUGCGCUGCCCGUGCACACACGGCUGGAUGGCCCAAUUCGAGGCGGUCUGGCCAGCGGGCUCCGACGCGCACGCCUCGUACCACGCGCGGCUGGUCCGCGGGCCGGGCGGCUUCACGCGGAGGCGCGGCUUCACGCGGAGGCGCGCGGCGAGAGAGGGCGUGUCUUGA